CCGGCAUCCCCCUCCGGCGCGUACUCGUGCGUCAACCCUCAUUCACUCUCUAUACCGCUCUUCAUGAUCUUCGGCGCUGCUGGUUUUCUUAUCCCCCUCCUCUAUCCAACCUCCCCACCACCACCGACGCAUCUCUAGCAACCGUCCCCCUGGUCCCUGAAUCUACCUCCUAUACGCAUCCUGACAUCGGACCAUCCCAGACGCACGCACAUACAUAAAACUAACCGAUCCGCCGAGGUCCUCGCUCGGGACGAACUUGAACCUACGUGUUGGUUACCCACGUAAUUCGUUACAUGGUAACCAUGGAUCCCACCAAUCCGCCCCCGGAGCAGUCACAGCCGCAACGCUCGGCCGCACCUCAAUACACCACUGUGGGCUCUGUCUGGAAUCCCCAGUCGCUACCACUUCAGCCUCCCGUUCGCCGUGGCCGUGCUAUGAAGUCUGCUCUCAUGCAUCCCUAUAGCGACAGGCCCUCGUCUACUGUCCAGCACUACUCGCCCCUGCAGCAGAAUUUCGACCGUGCUGUCAGUCCCGACCAUCCUAUUCUCGCGGAGCGCAUUGCUAUUCAAGAACGAGAGCGAGCUAUCCUCGCCUCGUCACCCCGACUACCCGUCCAUCAGCCGUAUCUACACACGCAGCCUCAGGCAGCCAAUCCACCCACCUUCCCCGCCAACCCAUUCGACGCCGGCGAUCUUCCUGUCGAGGGUCGAGACCGCCAAAUCACAGAGCCCAACGAUACCAGCAACACUUUGAUACACAUGACAACCAAGAGUUUGACCAACUUGGCAUCAUACCCAAAUCCCAUGCAGAAAUCCGCCCAGAAGAUGCUUGAGAAGGCCCGUCAGCCUCUUGCCCCGGCGACCAAUCAGGCUCCUGAUCCUAGAGAGGAAACCGAUCUCCCUGUUGGCGGACCCCCAGCCAGCCUCCGAGACACUCGCUCCGAGUUUGCCGCUAUGGCCCAUCUGCCGCAGUCGGAUAGAGCCGACGAGUAUGGCGACUUCACCCGGCUCUCGGGAACUCAUGAUCAGACUGCCGCCGCUCCCUGCUUUCGAGAGACCGCGAGUCGUCUUGCCGUCCUAUCUAGGGGCCCAGGCGCACCUCAACCCCUAACCGCAGGUCCUCCUGGCCAGCGGCAGUACCGUCCCUCUGGAUUGGAUCCGGCUAGCGAUGCCUCGCGAAGGGACGCGCAACGGCUGCGCGAACUUAAUGACGUCAUCGCCAGCGCCCAACAAUCCGCUCUACCGUCUCGCACACCCCAGCCCCUUCAGCUUCGGCGACGCAUGCAUACUAUUGGUGAACGAUCGAGCCCUGUACCAGAAAGCAGGGGUUGGCCAUCCUUACGAACUCCAGCAAAUAUCGGCAAUGAAGCCCCUGAGAGCCUUGACCACAUCAUCGACACACUCCCCCCAGAGGAGGCACGAAAGUUCUAUCCGCACGCCUUCCCCUCGAAUUAUAAUUACGUCUCCUCCGCGGCCAACGACGGUUGGUGGAAACAGAAGCUCCUACUGCUUGAGGAUGGUGAAGAGCUUAAGCUCCAUUCGCAAACUGUAUCCCAGCACGGAGGAGACCUCAAUGCUCCAACCGCUCGCAAGGACGGGACUCUCGGCGGGACCUAUAGCAGGGUUUGCACUCUCGGCAGGGAUUUCGAUAUCCCUUCCCACCGGGAUGCCGGUGACGACUUAGACCGUGUAGGUGGUAGCAAUUCUAACGAAGGACCCGGGGGCACGAGCGGCAACCGGUUCGAUCUCCGGCCCACAGUCGAAGGGGCCGACGACAUGGCCGCGUGUAAUCACGCCGAGACCCCUUUCGGCGCGACGUUUCGGAGCAUUCCCAAGUAUUCGGGGUUUCCUCCCGGCUACAACCCGCCCAGGGACGGCAGUUCGCGUUAAGAGAGCCUCUUGAAGGAGGCCUAGAGGUAUCGCCGAUAUUAUUGGUAAUCACGACAGGAUGAUUGGCUAUUGCAUGAGGAUUUAUAGGGGGAGGGGAGAUGGCAAAGGGGACGAAGUUUCGGCAAGAUUUGUUGUAACUGGACACGGCACACUUGCGCUCGGAGAGUUCGCGGAAGCAUGAUACGGACAACAGGGGACGGAAAGAGAAAAUUCAUUUUUUGUGAUCAACCGAAUGGCGUUUAGGCAGGUUGGCAGGCAGGAGCGUCACUACAGGGGACUUCUCAGCGAAAGACGGUCGGCGUAGUAUUCGAGUCGAUACCGCAGACAUGUAGAGUAGUCAGUCAGUCAGUCACGACGACGACGGUGCCUCGCUUUUCGGUUUUUUGGGCAUUGGAGAUAAGAAAUAUAUUCCUCGCAGACGUUCCUGGUAUAGAGUGACGGGAGAAGCUAAAAUCACUACUCCCGCCAGGACCUGGGCGUAGGGGGGCUCUGGCGGCCGCGAGAACGAGUAUCUACCUAGCCUAGGCUCUGCGCUGCCCCCUGACCUACUCGCCUCCUCACCUCCUCUUAACACCCCCCCCUUCCCCUCCCC